CCUGUCUCCGCUUGCUGUGAAAAUAUUUCGCCGGGGAUGUUUUCGGACGGCCCCCUCCCGAUGGGGUCCCGCCUGGCUAAUAAUAAAGCGCUUGAGUUGUCAAGCGCCUCUGCGACGCCCUAAUCUGCUCUGACAGCCAGUCGUGGACGUGCGCCCCCGGACGCAGCGCACGCCGCCCCGGUGUGCGCACGCAGGUCCACAGACAGUCCAUCAAUCAAGGUGUUUAUUGGGGUUGGAGGAUAAACGCCGUGGGACGGGGGCCGCGUGCCAUCGCCAUGGCGACGGAGGCGAAGGAACGGGUGCACAGUUGUAGAUCCUGUUCCCGACUGGUCUCUGGGCCUGUACACGUUCAACACCCUGUUGGAACCAUCUGAUAACAUGAGUCUUGUUAAAGGGUCAGUUCACCCAAACUUUAUCAUGUCACAAUAAAAGUGAAUGUAGUGCAUGUAGGUGUGUCCUCGGCAGCUUUGACUCCAUGUAGAAUUGUCCCAAUCAGCUUUGCACAUCUGGACACUUUCCCCUGAAGUAUUUUCUUUUCUUUUUAACAACUCUCUGUUCGAGUGUAUAGGGAUUGUGAGUGACCUGCCAUUUUUCAAGUUCACACACACAUUCUCACUGGAGCUGAGGUCGGGGCUGAGAUGGCCACGUCACAAUAGAACCCGACGCCGGCAGCUCAGUUUGCUUGGAGUCAUUGUCGUGCUGGCUCAUAUUUGGCUGUGACCAUGUCCAGUGGUCGGCACCUGUGAUAUCACAGGGAAAGAGUGCCAUCUUCAGACAACAGCAGCCGGGCAUGUGUGUGUGUGUGUGUGUGCGUGUGUGUGUGUGUGUGUGUGUGUGUGUGUCAUAUAUACAUUACACACAUGUAGAACAUGUGCUUCCUAUUAACAGUGACUGUGUGUGUGAUAUGUGCUCAGGUGAAUAUGAGUGUCUGUGUGAUUUGAGAGUGUGUGUGUGUGUGUGUGUGUGUGUGUGUGUGUGUGUGUGUGUGUGUGUGUGUGUGUGUGUGUGUGUGUGUGCGUGUGCGUGUGCGUCUUGACGAGGGGGUCAAAUGCAUGGUGUGAAGUUUAUGGUCUGGCCUGUUGUUUCUACUUCACAGCGAGGCUUUGACAUUACUUCCUCCAUAUACUGACGUAACAUCAAAGAACAGCUUCCAUCCACAGGCUCUGAGUGGUGGACGUAGAUGGUUCUGAUUGUACGAGCUCCAGGUCGUUACAAUUAUAUAGAAAUAUAUACUGGUAGGAAUUCAGUUUGUUUGUAAAGGUUGAUCUACACACACAGCUCUGUCUAAGACGUCUUUGGCUUUAAAUGCACGUUGGAGCGAGACAGACAAGAGAGAGAGAGAGAGAGAGGAGGAACACGGGGAGAGGAGAAAAAGAGGAGGAGGAGGCAGAGGAGGAGGCUAACAGGACGAAUGAACUGUUCCCCAUUACUGGAGUCGAGGAAGACGGGAGCGGUGCGUGGAUUGACCUCAGAGACGCAAGGAGAGGAAAAGUGUAGUUUAUGUGCAGGGUUUCUAGUUUCUAGAUGUUCCAGUUUGCCCAGAAUGAAAGAGAGAGACCCAAAGAGAAAGAGAAAACGAUCAUGAGUUCCCCUUAGUGGAGCAGAAACGAAGAAAAGCGUGACACCUGGAGCACGAAGUGAGAAGCAGGUAGAGCGAGCGAGCGAGAGAGACAGAGACAGAGACAGAGAGAGACGGGCUGAAGUGUGUUCCUGUGCGAGUGUGUGUGUGACGAGGAGCUGGAGGAUCUCUGUAAUGUUCUGUGGAAGUAUAGGACAAACCGACCCCAUCGCAGCCCGAGGUGAAGAAAUCACACAGUGAAUCUCAUGUUCCAGACCCUUCGGACGCCAGGUCUAUGGAAAUGCAGGACCUAGCCAGUCCUCAUAACCGCGUGGGAGGUGGCGACGCAGGGGGCUCCAAGCUGGACAAGAACAACCUCGGCAGUCCCUCCAUCACCACCAAUGGAACAGGAGGUGAAAACAUGACUGUUCUAAACACGGCUGACUGGCUGCUGGGCUGCAGCAGCACCAAGGACUAUGUGAAAACAGAGCCCAUGAACAGCAGCGACGCGGCCCCCACGACGGGCGACACGGCGCUGGACUCGUACGCCGGCUCAGUAAUCACCAGCAGCGGAUACAGCCCUCGCUCGGCCCACCAGUACUCCCCCCCCCUCUACCCAUCAAAGCCCUACCCGCACAUCCUGUCCACGCCGGCGGCCCCCCCCAUGCCAGCGUACGCUGGUCAGCCUCAGUUCAGCAGCAUGCAGCAGUCCACCGUGUACACCGCGUACUCCCAGACAGGACAGGCCUACGGACUCUCCACCUACGACCUCGGCGUGAUGCUCCCAGGCAUCAAGACCGAGAGCGGCCUGGCCCAGAGUCAGUCUCCUCUGCAGACGGGCCUGAGCUACAGCCCCGGCUUCACCACGCCGCAGCCCGGCCAGACGGCGUACUCGCCCUAUCAGAUGCCAGGUUCCAGUUUCACUCCUUCCUCAGGCCUCUACACCACCAACAAUUCCGUAUCGAACCCCGCCAACUACACUGCCACACAGCAGGAGUACCCGUCAUACACGACCUUCGGCCAAAACCAGUACGCCCAGUAUUAUUCCGCCUCCACCUAUGGGACUUACAUGACCUCCAACAGCGUGGACGGCACGGGCUCCACGGCGGCCUACCAGCUGCAGGACCCGGCGCCCGCCAUGACCGGACAGGCGGCCGAGCUUCACCCAGGGGACUUCGAGACGGUGCAGAGCCCGUCCACGCCCAUCAAAGAGCUGGACGAGCGAGCCUGCCGCAGUGGGACGUCCAAGUCCCGGGGCAGAGGCCGUAAGAACAACCCCUCCCCUCCCCCUGACAGUGACCUGGAGAGGGUGUUCGUGUGGGAUCUGGACGAGACCAUCAUCGUCUUCCACUCCCUGCUGACGGGCUCCUACGCACAGAAAUACGGCAAGGACCCUCCGAUGGCGGUGACGCUGGGUCUGAGAAUGGAAGAGAUGAUCUUCAACUUGGCCGACACACACUUAUUCUUCAAUGACCUGGAGGAGUGUGACCAGGUUCACAUUGACGACGUGUCAUCGGAUGACAACGGUCAGGACUUGAGUACUUACAGUUUUGCAACUGAUGGCUUCCAUGCAGCUGCGACCAGCGCCAACCUGUGCCUGGCCACGGGCGUCCGCGGCGGAGUGGACUGGAUGAGGAAACUGGCCUUCCGCUACCGACGGGUCAAAGAGUUGUAUAGCACGUACAAAAACAAUGUGGGGGGUCUGCUGGGCCCCGCUAAGAGAGACGCCUGGCUGCAGCUCAGAGCAGAGGUGGAGGCCCUCACUGACUCCUGGCUCACCCACGCGCUCAAGUCUUUGUCCAUCAUCAGCUCCAGGAGUAAUUGUGUAAAUGUGUUGGUGACCACGACGCAGCUCAUACCGGCUCUGGCUAAAGUUCUCUUGUACAGUCUGGGAUCUGUGUUCCCUAUCGAGAACAUUUACAGCGCAACAAAAAUAGGAAAAGAGAGUUGCUUUGAACGCAUAAUGCAAAGGUUUGGCAGGAAAGUAGUGUAUGUUGUUAUUGGGGAUGGUGUGGAAGAGGAGCAGGCGGCCAAAAAGCACAACAUGCCUUUCUGGAGGAUAUCCAGUCACUCUGACCUGCUGGCAUUACACCAAGCACUGGAGUUUGAAUACCUGUAACUAAUUUAGCAAUAUGGACUCAUGCAACAUAACCAUGGACAUGGUCAAACCCCUUCUUUUGUAUAACUAUUUAAGAACAAAUACGCUGCAGCUGUUUUGAUUUUUUUGAACAUCUGGAUUUACAAACUGAACGGUCUUAAGAAGCAAGUGAGAGAAGGAGCUGUUACAAAGGACAGUGGGGUUAAGAGACGCUUCAACUACACCGUGCACUCCUGCUCAGUCAGCCCAUGGGGCUGAGGCUGCAGACUGAGGAGCUCAUCAUCCUGGCUUUGAUCAGGAAUGCAGUCAGUGUGGGAUGAAUGAUCCCAUAGCAUUGACAAACAGCAGUGUGUGGGCAUGACAGCUUUAUCAAGUUCUCUUUACUGGUGGUAUAAUCAACACCACAAUGUGUAAAUUAUUGAUAUUAAACGUAAGAGCAGGGGUGGAUGCUUUUGUCUAGGAAUGUUUUGGGGUCGUGUUUUAUUUUUCUUCUGGAAUUUUGUAUUUUUUCCUCCCCUGGGAAAUUGAGGAUGUGCAUCAUGAUGUGUUGUGCCUUAAUGUGUUUGAAUGUCUUUACGUCUUUACCCAGAAAUGUCUAUGUAGAUAUAAAGGAGAACUUAUCCAAACAA